AGAGUUUAAUCAGAAACGUCAUUUUUCUUCUUGUCCAACGUCCAAGUAUAAAGGCUACAUUCCAAAACAGUCAACCCUCCUCUUGCUGAAUUAUUUUGACCUCACUUCACAUGAGUUGGGGUAGAAUCACAAUAGUCUAGUUCUAGCUGCUGAAUCAGUUUCUUAUUGACGAGGAUCAAAGCGGUCCAGUGCGAGAGGCGCGAUGGUUGAUAUAGGAUCAACAGCAUGCGAGGGGAUGUAUUCAAAACUAAUCGACAACUACAGGCAAUAUUUUGAAGACGCAGAGGUGCGCGGUCCAAAAGCGCACACUGAUAAGAAUCUCUAUAUCUGGGCUUGCGCAAUGAGCAUCAGGCUCCUCUGCCUCAGAACGAGUCUGGUGGUCAGAUCCAGAUGCAGAGAGAGACCGUCAACGUAACGGCCCCGAUUGCAACCCUGAGAGAACUGCGGACGGAGAAAGAAGACCUUGUGAAGGAGAGAGACGAGCUUCUGGCCAGGUUGGCCAAAUCAGAACUAGAGCCCACAUCACCACUGUCACCUACGUCAACCCCAUUGGCCCUUUCAACGCCUGUAACCUGUCCUCGGGACUGGCUGGUGUUCAACAGCAGCUGCUCCUACAUCUCCACCAGGAGUAUGCACUGGCACAACAGCCAGGCCUUGUGCAAGGAGAAAGGAGGACACCUGGCCAUCGUACACACUGCUGAGGAACAGCUUUUGGGAGGAGGGUAAGCCCAACAACCACAUUGACAAAGACUGUGGCUACAUCGUGAAGACACGCAAGCUGGAGCGCAAAGCCAGCUGGUAUGACGCCCCAUGCACCAUGUACCGGCCCUUCAUCUGUGAGAUAGAGAUGCAGUCCUCUGUUCCUGCUACUUAGAGAUAAGCACUUACCAGGCUCAUGUUGGAUCCAGAACUACUUCCUCUUUGAGCUGGAAUUGUCAUUGUUCAUAAUGAUAGACCAGUGAUGACCAACCCUUCACCUGGGUACACUGGUUUUUGCUCUAACCCUGCUCUAACUUAUCUGAUUCAGCUAAUCAAGGUUCGGAUGAGCAGCUGAUUAGUAGAAUAAGGUGUGUUAGAGCAGGGCAAGAGCAAAACCUUGCAAGCCCUAUAGCUCUUCAUGAGGAGGUUUGGCCACCUCUGUAGUACACUUUGGUAGACUUUUGCAGCAUUAUCAGGCCUGAAGGGGAAUGAUUUACUUUACUAGUCUACUGUAUUUUGUUUUUUCAAUUGUAAAUGUACUCAAGGAACAUGUUAGUUACUGUUGUGUCAUUGAAGUGGUCGCCAAAGUUCAAAAUCCUUCUAAAGCACUAUCUGUCAAUCAAUAGUCAUGUUAUUUAGACUUAUAGAAGAGGAAAAAAUAUUUAUGAAAAGAAAUGUUAUUCCUGAAACAGAUUAUCAAAUGAUGUAUUAAUAACAAUGCAACUACAUUUUAUUCUGAAUCUGUUGAUUUUGUAAAUCAAAAUGAUUAAAAUGGAAAAAUAGUUAUUAACCUAUUCACUAUUAUAUAUUAUGUUCGACAAACACUUUUUAUUCUAGUGGUUAUGGUUAGUAUUGGGGAAGGGUAAUAUGGUUCUAGGUAAUCUGCCUAGACCAGCACAGCUAUAUAUAUCCUGUUCCAGUGUCAUUCUCUAGGCGGCAGUAAUGAUAGGUGUUUGGGACCGUCAAUCAACAAAGGAAAUAAUAACAUAUAUGCUAACUGUAGACCUACAGUAUAAGUAACUUGUUUGCUAAAUCAUUGCCUCACCUAUUUAGAUGUGUGGUGUUAUGCUAUUUGAAUACUGUGCAGGAGCAUGACUAUAGCAAGAUUUUGAAGCAUCAUUGAGUUUAGUUUAUUGGUCUUUCAGCAGUAUUACAGGUUCUUCAAAAACGGAAUUACUUUGCUGUUACGAUUAAAAACAUUGAUGUUGAAUAAAUAAGACAAUUUCCAAA